UAUUCCAAAGAGGCUAAACCGAUCUCACUGCACAUUCAUAUUUCACUUUCCAUCUUUAUUUCUCUUAAUCUGCAUCUAUUCCUCUGGCGACAUGCAUCAGUUUGCAGCCGCUCCUCUGCUCCAAUCAGGUGCCAGUGCGUCAGAGGCGCAGUGGUCUGCGUCAGGAGCGCCUGUUGUACCACACACACUGUUUUCCUGAUUAUUAGGCUUGCUUCAGUGUUGGUUUCUAGACAUUUAUCCUCACACGCGUAAGGGUGUGCUGGUGGUAAUGUGAGACAACAACUUUCCAGCCCCCGCAGAGGUCAGUGUGUCGUCAUGGCUGAGUGCACUGCCCACAUGUGUGCUGUGUGGACAGCUGAGCGACCCGCUGCGUCCUCUGUCAGCGUGCUCUGACACACUUUAGAGGACAGGGUCUCCUCCUUUCAACCACUUUAUUGUUAUUUUUUUGCCAAUUAGGCUUUAAUUUAUAAAGGAUUUCCCAAAGGCGACAGGAAGACACCUUCUCUCCAGAUGGAGUCUCCAGCCAAUCCGGGUGACAGCCUGGUGGAGUUGGAGUUAACGGUGGAGAAUGUGGAGUCGGCUCUCUACCAGUUGUACUUUGACCCGGACAUGGAGCGUAAGAAUGUGGCCCAGAAGUGGCUGACCCAGGCUCAGGCCUCUGCACAGGCCUGGCAGUUCUGCUGGGCCCUUCUGGCUCCUGACAAGCUCCCAGAGGUUCAGUUUUUUGGUGCUAGCACCCUCCACUCCAAGAUCUCCCGUCACUGGAGCGACCUCCCCACAGACCAGCACGACACCCUGAGGAUGCAGCUCCUCUCCCACAUCCUGCACUUCUCUUCCGGACCCAAAAUGGUGUUAACCAGGCUGUGCGUGGCCCUGGCCUCUAUGGCUCUUAACUUAAUCCCACAGGCUUGGUCCCAGCCUGUGGCGGACAUGGUGAGGGCCUUUCAACCACAGAAGCCUGAUUGUGAAAGCGGCUCGGGCUCAGAGGCCACCCAGGACCCUCAGGCACACUGCCUCGCUCUGCUGGAGCUCCUCACCGUACUUCCAGAGGAGUUCCAGAGCCGGCGCCUGGCUCAGGCUCGCUGUGACCAGCUGAGAGAGGCCCUGGCUGGAGAGUGGGCGGUGGUGUGUCCCUUACUGCGUCAGCUGCUCCAGAGUCAGGACUCCUCAAACCAGGUGAAAGAGAAGGUACUCCGCUGCCUGUCCAGCUGGACAGGGCUGGACGUGACAUUAGGGGACAGUCAUGAACUGGUCCAGGACUGUUUUACUGCACUGUCCAACCCGGAGCUGUUCGACACGGCUGUGGAGACCAUAGUCACUGCCAUCUCUCAGCCCGACAGCCAGAGGUACAUUGAUGCUCUGGUGACCCUGAUGCCUCUGGUUCUGGGUCUCCAUGACCAGCUGAAGACAGCGGCUCAGGACGGGGCCAUGGAAACCUCACAUGGUAUCUGUCGUAUCGCUGUUGCUAUGGGGGAAACACACUCCAGGGUUUUGUUGGAACAGGUGGAGCACUGGCAGGAGUAUCUGGCUCUAGUUAACAUGAUUCUCUUCUGUACCGGCAUCCCGGGGCACUACCCGGUCAGUGAGACCACCAGCUCCCUGACGCUCACCUUCUGGUACACUCUGCAGGACGACAUCUUGUCAUUUGAUGAGGAGAAGCAGGCAGUUUACCUGCAGGUCUACAGGCCCGUUUACUUCCAACUGGUGGAUGUGCUGCUACAUAAAUCCCACUAUCCCUCCCAGGAGGAGUACGCCUCCUGGUCCUCUGACGACAAGGAGCAGUUCAGAAUUUAUAGAGUUGACAUUUCCGACACCUUGAUGUAUGUGUAUGAAAUGCUGGGUGCGGAGCUGCUCAGUAACCUCUACGACAGGCUGGGCAGACACCUGAUGGACCCACAACUGUCAGCAGUGUGGCAGGACACAGAGGCCCUGUUAUUUGGCUUCCAGUCCAUCGCUGAGACAAUAGAUGUGAACUACUCUGACGUUAUCCCAGGUCUCAUUGGUCUCAUCCCCAGAAUCAACAUCAGCAACGCAAUGCUGGCUGACACCGUCAUGUACACCAUAGGAUCCCUGGCUGAGUGGCUGGCGGAUCACCCUGUGAUGUUGGGUGGCAUAUUACCCAUGGUCCUUCAGGGCCUUGUGAAGCCAGAGCUGUCGGUCUCCAGUGUAUCCACCCUGAAGAGGAUCUGCAGGGAGUGCAGACAUGACCUCAGCCCCUAUGCUCAGGAUAUCCUGACCGUGUCACAGGAUGUACUCGUAAAGGAAAUCCAUAAGAGCAGCCAGUGCAUGUGGUUGAUGCAGGCUCUGGGUUUCCUACUGUCGGCUCUGCCUGUAGACGAGAUUCUUGGCAGACUUCACUCUCUCAUCACCCCACACAUCCAGCGGCUGGAUACACUGGCCCAGCAGGAGCCUGACCCCACUAACAAACAGGCUAUGGUCCACAUCCUGGGGAUGCUGUCCAGUCUCUUCACCACUCUGGACAUCAGACACACAGAUAGCCUUGAGGCGGCCUCCAGCCAGAUACUCUCCGCAUCACAGAGCACACCAAACCCAGUAGUUGUUGUUCUGCAGCAAGUGUUCACCUUGAUCCAAACCAUCCUCAGCAAGUGGCUUGAUGACUCAGAGGUAGUAGAGGCAGUGUGUGGGGUCUUCGAUAAGUCAGUCCGAACCCUCCUACAUGAUUUCGGACCGAUGGUGGCUCAUCUGAGCGAGAUGCUGGGGCAGAUCUACAGCGCCUACCCACAAUUCUCAGCUCUAGACCUGGCCCGGCAGAUGGUUCACAUAUUCUCCGGAGAGGAACAACAUCUCUCUAACAUCCGGAGCCUUGUUGAAGUGUUGACCUCUGUGACACUUAAUUUAUUUCAGCAAGGUAACAAACACUACAAAGAAAUGUCUUCUUCUUCAGAGACAUCUCUCCUGUCUCAUCUUAUAUCUUCAUCCACAGGUCCACGGGAUCAUCCUGAUAUCGCAGAAUCAUUUAUGCAGCUUCAUGCUCAGAUUCUUAAAAGGAAGCCUGAACUCUACCUGUCUGAGCAGCUCGAUGUUAAAGGGCUGUUUUACUGCGGGAUUCUAACACUUAAGUUUCCAGAGACACCCACAGUAAAGGCUGCCACUCAAUUCUUUACGGAGCUGUUGCCUCGCUGUAAGGACAUGCCCUCACUCGGGGAAGUGUUGCAGAGGGAUGGAAAGCUUCUGACAGAGACCAUACUCCAGGCGGUAGGAGGCGAGUCCCCCCGCAGUCUGACGGAGCAUUUCUCCGAGGUGUUGUUGAGUCUGAACAGACACUGCCCGGCUCUGCUGGCUCAGUGGCUGAAGGAAACACUACAGAGCCCAGGAUUCCCCUCUGCACACGUCUCUUCAGAGCAGAAACACACCUUCAGCCAGCAGCUACUGAGGGAGCAAACCAACAAACGGCGCGUUAAGGAGAUCGUGAAGGAGUUUUCUCUCCUCUGUCGGGGCCUGCAGGGAGCCGGAUGAUCCCAUAAAUAGAUUGAGCUCGAAAGUACUGAGCUCGAAAAGAAUCAGUAAUUUGGGUUUGGGUAGGGGACAAUGGACAACAUAUCCAUAAUACUUGGAUUGAACCAAAGCAAAAACAGAGAUUAAGUGGACUAUUAGGAUUAAAGGAGCGCUGUGCAACGGGUUAUUAUUACAAGACUCUUGUAAAAAAAGUGUCCGUUCUACACUCUCCAUAACAAACACCAAUAAACAGUUCAUUCUUUGCAGCUGCAUGAGCAA